UUGAUCUCGAACGCAUUCGUGGUCAAUUGAACCCCGAUACGAAAGGACCACCACCGUCUCCCUUUGUCCCACAAGAUGCUGUCAAGAGCUGCCCGCCCAGCUUUGAGAGCCGGUGCUGCCGCCGCUGCCCGGGCGCCUGUCCAAAAUGCCGCAACCUUCGCGACCCUCCGUGAGAUUGAGGACAGACUGAAGUCCAUUCGCAACAUCGAGAAGAUCACCAACACCAUGAAGAUUGUUGCCUCAACCAAGCUCACCCGUGCCCAACGUGCAAUGACCGAGUCUCGAUCAUACGGACAAACCUCGAAUGCUGUGUUCGAACACGCUGAGACGAAGCCUGUCGAGGGCGAGAACAAGAAAACCCUGAUUGUUGUUGCCAGCUCCGACAAGGGCCUUUGCGGUGGUAUUCACUCCGGAUUGUCCAAGGCCGUCCGCAGAAUGCUUGCCGAGAAGCCAGAUGCUGAUAUCGUUGUGUUGGGUGAGAAGUGCAAGGCGCAACUGGCCCGAUCGAGCGGCAAGAACAUUGUGUUGAGCUUUGCUGGUGUCGGAAAGGACAUCCCAACAUUCGCAGAUGCUCAAGCUAUCGCUGACCAGAUCGUCCUUCUGCCUACCGACUACGCCGAUAUUCAGAUCAUUUACAACAAGUUCAUCAACGCCCAAAGUUACGAGGCCACACCCAUCGAGGCCUUCUCUGAGGAGGCAAUUGUAAACUCCCCCAACUUCUCCGCUUUCGAGUUUGAUGAGGAGGUCCUUUCCAACCUCCGUGAAUACGCUCUGGCCAACUCCCUUUACUGGGCUCUUGCCGAAGGUCACGCUUGUGAACAAUCCGCUCGUCGCAAUGCCAUGGACAAUGCCUCCAAGAACGCUGGUGAUAUGAUCAACAAGUACCAAAUCUUGUUCAACCGAACACGUCAAGCCGUCAUUACUGGCGAGCUGGUCGAGAUUAUCACUGGUGCAGCAGCCUCCGAGGAGUAG